AAGAGGACGUACGUCGCUUGCGCGUGCUGGGAACCGGAAACCGGGUCGGUGGGAGGGUUUUUGGGUGUAUAAAUACGGUACGCAAUCUUCAGGCAAAUCGUAGUAUCACGCUAACCCUGCUGAUCGGUGCAACAGGUAGACCAGAGUCUGCCUUCUCACAGUCACUAGGGAAACGGUAUCGAGGCUUGCUUAAGAUGGGUAGAUGUAAAUGAAAAGUGCUUAUUAAAGUGAAAUCUUUGGCUGCAGAAAGUGGAAAAUUAAGUCAGAAAGAAGAUUGCCGGGUGCUACUGGCGGGACGGUAGUGUUAAGAAGUGUUCUCUUUGCGAUUCCAAUUCAACGGGCUUUCCGAGUCGUUCCAAAGAACAUACAGUAUGAAUUCUGCAGCAUACAUUUCGAUCAUUCUUGGGUGUUGUGUGCUGUGGGUUGCUUGCUCAUUUCCCGUGGCACUGUCGUGUGAUUCUUGUGGUCGUGAGUGCGCAUCAGCUUGCGGUACACGUCACUUCCGGACCUGCUGUUUCAACUAUCUCCGUAAACGCAGCUCGACCCCACCGAUCGCUCCACCGGGAAACGAUAACCAUCUUGACCACUGGUAUGCCGCCAAAUCAGCCCAAAAAUCCCGCUUGAACCAUCGACGGUUGGCGGAUCUGCUCAUGAACAACGUGGAGAACGAUAUCGAUUACGAGUUUUAUCCAAUGAUGGCGACGCAUCUCAAGGCACUUCGGGACGUACAACCAGCAGCAGCAGUAGCAGCAGCAAUUCCGAGCAGUUCGAUCGGCCAAACGAUUAACGCCCAGGAACCGGAAGAUACUCGCAGUGGCGAGAGAAGCGUUGAAAAAUCGUCGGAAGAAGUAGAUUCUGGACGGUUACAGCUGUUAUACGAAUCUUAAGGGCUCCUCUUACACAUCAAUUUGAUAUCAUGAAAGGAUUGCCCUUUUGGUCUAUUCUUCCGUUGAAUCUUUUACAUUUCACAGUUUUCGUACCUUUGAAAUCCCCUCAUAUCACAAUUCCGUAGUUUAUUUGCGACCACAAGCUUACAUUUAGGCUGGGUAAAUGUAAGAUUCCGGUCAAAAGUUUUUACUGUUUUUUUUUUUCGUUUUACCAUUCCAUUUUGAUCCUCUUUCCCCCCUCAUUUUUAUCAUCUAUCAGAUUGGUAUCCCAAACCCAUAAGUGGUACAAUAUGGUGAAACCCACAAAGUGUGUACCGGUCGACCUCAUCAAAGUCUCCACCGAACUGGUAUUUGUCAAAACAUUUGCUUCCCUUGCACCUGCCCGUUCUUACACAUAUGCUGAUCUAUCCUGAUCUGGUAGCAGCAGCAGCAGCAGCAGUACCCUUGAUCACUUGCAGGGCUUCACGGUGGGUUACGUAGCGUACAGCUCCAAAUUGGGCUUCACAUCAAAGCUCACAGUGGUGGAUUGAAACGGCAUUAGGGUUUUGAUAGGUUUUGAUAGCAAAUGAAACGACGCUGAAUGAAUACCGCCAACGAAGACGCUUUCCCUUGGGUACAGCAGGGUAUGUCAGUAUUAAUUAAACCGAGAAGCAUUAGAAGAGACAGACCGUUGACGUGUUGAAAUUUGUGAAACAAUUGUAUUAUGUAGUUUCUAUUAUACAAUAAAAGCAGCCAACCGAGCCAGAGACAUCAUGAGC